AUGUCACAAUUCCCUGUCGCCAGCGACUUGAAUGCAACUUGGUCGUUCAUCCAGCCCGGCCUCGAGUUCAUAUUGGGGGCCCUGGGAGAUGUGGGUGUGACUUCCAAAAUGUAUAUGAAUUGUUACACUGCAAUUUACAACUAUUGUACUAACAAAUCACGGCAUAGUGCUGCCCCCUCAUUGAGUAGUGGGGGAGCAGGAACAAACCUGUACUCUGGUGCUGAGAUAUACCUCAAGCUAGACGAGUAUUUGGUGCAAUUUAUUUCCAGUUUGGAAAAAUCACCAGACGAAACAUUUUUGGAAUUUUACGUUCGAAAAUGGACCAGAUUUACCAUUGGUGCUGGGUACCUCAAUAACGUGUUUGACUACAUGAAUCGAUACUGGGUUCAAAAGGAGCGCUCAGACGGGCGCCGUGACGUUUUCGACGUCAGCACACUUGCUUUACUCAAGUGGAAAACCCACAUGUUCAAUAAUAACAAGGAGAGCUUGAUUAGUGAAGUUUUGGCCCGAAUUGAACGCCAGAGAAAUAAUGAGUUGGUGGAUACCAGUUCUCUCUCCACCGCCAUCAAAUCACUCGUAUUCUUGGGCAUUGAUGUCCAGGACUUGAAAAAGCCUAAUUUGGUGGUGUACAUCAAUCACUUUGAACUUCGGUUUUUGGAAGAAACAAAGGAGUACUACAAAAAGGAAAGCUUCCAAUUCCUCCAGCAUCAUAAUGUGGUAGAUUACAUGCGCAAAUGUGAGACCCGUUUAGCUGAGGAAAUUUCACGGUCCAAUAACUACUUGGAAGAACACACCAAGAAGCCUCUUUUAGACACCCUCAAUCAGGCCCUUAUAGAAGAUCAUGCCGAGGAAAUGUACAGUGAAUUCUUGGGGCUUUUGGAACAGAGCGAAACUGACCAUAUUCAACGCAUGUACAAGUUGUUGUCGCGGGUUCCAGCUACCUUACAACCACUCGCAGACACCCUUGAAAGGUACAUCAAGGAUGAAGCAGCAAAAGCCAUCGAUGACAUAAAAAAACAGAACGAGCAACAAGUACAAGACGCAGCUAAUGCUACUCCCGAAUCUGGCAAAUCCAAGAGGUCAUCGCCCGGUGCGACAAAUCCUCGCACAUAUGUUCACUUAUUGAUUUCCAUUUAUCUUCGAUUCAAUGAGGUUGUUUCUGUUGCCUUCAGCAAGGAUCCCAUUUUCAUCAAGUCAUUGGAUAAUGCAUGCCGAUUCUUUGUGAAUAAAAAUUCUAUCGCAACCCCAGCUCUCAAGUCAAAUUGCAAAACUCCCGAUUUAUUAGCUCGUUACGCUGAUUCAUACCUUAAAGGAAGCAGCAAGGAAAGCGAUACCACUGAGCUUAAUCCUGAUAUAUUAAUGAUAAUCUUCAAAUUCAUUGAGGAUAAGGAUGCAUUUGAAGAGCAUUACCGUCGUUUGUUGGCGAAACGUUUGAUAAACAGCAAUACUAAAUCAGACGAACUUGAGGAAAGUAUUAUUCAAAGGUUACAAGAGGAAAAUUCUUUGGAAUAUACCUCGAAGAUGACCAAGAUGUUUCAAGACAUGAAAGCGUCCGAAGAUUUGAAGAAUCUCUUGCGAGCAGAAAUUGUCCAGUUUGACAACUCCGUCAAGGAUUUCACUCCCUUAAUACUUGCUCAGAGCAUGUGGCCGUUCACACAUAUGGAAGAUUACAAAUUAAACUUGGCACCCGAGUUAAUGCCGUCAUUUGACAAGCUAUUAGCGUUGUACAAGGAGAAACACAGCGGUCGUCAAUUAAAGUGGCUUUGGAACCAUGGAAAGAGUGAGGUGAAAGCCAACUUGUCACGAAAGGGAAAGCCACCAUUCUUGUUCACUGUAACGAAUGUUCAGUUGAUGAUCUUGCUUGCUUUCAAUAAAAGCAAUACUUACACCUUUGACCAACUUUUGGAAAUAGUUGGAGUUGCUAAGCAUACAUUCGAGGCUCAUUUAAUCCCUUUUGUCAAGUACAAGCUUUUGGAGCAAUCGCCAAGUGGUACUGCUGAAUUCAGUAAAGGAAAUACCACCUUUACUAUGGUGGAAGAGUACAAGUCUAAAAAGCUUCGUGUAAAUUUCGUGAGCUCCAUCAAGUCAGAACAGAAACAAGACGAAGUCGAUGCCAACAAGGAAAUCGACGAAUCUAGAAAGAAUUUCCUUUCUGCUUGUAUUGUGCGUAUCAUGAAGGCUAGAAAGCAGAUCAAACAUAAUGAGUUGGUUAAUGAAGUUGCAACCCAAGCCUUGACCCGGUUUAGAGCUCGCAUAAUUGAUAUCAAGAAAGUCAUCGAUUACUUGAUUGAAAAAGAGUACUUACGUCGGUUGGAGAAUGACAUGUACGAAUACCUAGCAUAG